AACGUUUGCUUCGACAACCCAGCCAGGUUGUUCAGGCUGAGUGAGGAUGUGUGAGCAAGAUGCCGGCAGAGAACAUCUGGAUCAAUCAAGGCAGACAAAGGAAAGCAGCAUAAGUAUUAUACCUGAUGCAAAGGAUGCAAAGGGAGAGCUUCUAUUCAGGCCCCCUGGCGGCCCUUGCGGGUGCUGGCCUCCAUCGCCUUGGGCGCACUACGUCCUUGAGGAUCCGUAUGAACGCGUCAACGUGUGGAGUCAUGGACUUCCAGGCCUUCUUUUCCUUCUGCUAGGGAUUGCUUCGUACAGCGGCUUGUAUGACGAUGCUGGGCGGCAGUGGGUGCACAAUCCCCUGGGCAUCUUUUGCUUCUGUGCUGCCACCACCCAUCUGGGCUCCAUGAUGACCCACAUCUACCCAGACUCAUUCGCCCUGGAGAAGCUGGAUCACUUGGGGAUUGUGGCGCUCAUCAUUGGCACGCCGCUCACAGCUCUGAUGGCACACGAGCACGGCGAGGUGCCCCUAGAUGUCAAGGUGAUCUUUGCGGCGAUGCUGGCAUCGGCAUUGCUGGCGCCGGCGGCACGCGUGGCCGGUUUCACAGCAGGGACGGUGGCGGCCGUGGCUCUGCACUGGCACCAGGUGCUGAAUUGGAAUCUGGGCGUCCAGCUGGCGCUCUACGGCGCCGCUGCAGUAUUCUUUCUCAGGUCCAAGCUGCUGGAGCCGAAGCUGAAGCGGUGGCAGGGCUUCUAUGAUCACCACCUCCUGCACUAUGUUGUCACCGUGGCCUCCACUCUGCACCUCUUCUAUAUCAUGGCAGCGACAAAUGAGGGCGCUGGACACUUCACUUGAUCACACCAUAGCACCUAUUCUUUUUCUGCGCCUGCAUCAGCCUCUCUGCCAUGGCAUUACACAUGUAAGAACUUGUAUCUGUGUUCCAAAUGACUUGUGAUGAUUAAGUGUUGCUUGCAUGCUCUGCACAUGCAGAGCUGGCUGCCGGGACUGGCUCUUAGUACUGCCUGCUUCUCGUGCAAGCAUUGUUUAUGAAGUGGCGAAAGCAUGCCUUAUUUGUUUGUGUAGCAUAGGUAGUUGCGGUGCCCAUUUUCCUUGUUUGCACGUGUUUGAUGUGCUGUUGUCGCCUGUACUUGCCUCGUAAUUGUUGGAAUCAGCCGUAGAGUACUUGAUGAUGACUGGGCGAUCGAAGUUGGAUCUUUACAGUCCCACAGUGCAAAGCGUGCCCCUCAAGUGCAUCUUGCAGAUUAAAACGCAGACAGUCCUCUGUCAGCUUUUGAAGCAGGCAAAGAAAGCCUGCUUGUGAAUAUUAAUGAUAUAUCAUGUUAUAUAUAUAAAGAUCU